UGGACUUUGUCACGAACAGAUUCUUGAAGGCAUCAUGGGGGCAGGUGCAGUUCUGUGUCUGCUGGUCGCUCUGCUGGCGACGGGCUCAGCUGUCGGCUUUUAUGGGGACAGCAUCAGUUUCUCACCACCAAGGACGAACAGAGAUGGAACAUACAAGGUGACUUUUUAUCACAGACAAAAUGGCAGAAAUGACUGUCAGAACCAGUCAUCGUUGGUCUGUGAAGGUGGGGUGUGCACAGACUUGGACCAGACGGAUGCGCUCCAAACGGAUCAGGACUCUUCAGGCCAAGGCAGGUGGUGCCAGACCGAGAGACGUACAACAACAAACUUUCAAGCCAAUGGGACGAGUUUCACUCUGAGAGACUCUGGCUGCUGCUGGGUGUCUAAUGUGGAAGGCAAAACCAACUGGAUGAGUCACGCACAGAUGGAUCUUGGAGUUCGCUCAGAUACCUUCCGUAUGAACACCUGCCCUGUCACCACAACAGUGUCUUCCUUACGGGUUCCUCAGAACUGUUUUACCCAGCUGCGUCUUCUGGCUCAUGAUCCAGAUGGAGAUGCAGUGAGAUGCCGCUUCACUUCAGACCCCACAGCAAACUUUACUCUGGACGAGACCACAUGCACGCUGAGAAGCAGAGGGGAACCCCAGCCUGGAACACACGUGUUUGAGUUGACACUGGAGGACUUCUCCACCAAAAACAUCACACUGACCUACGCAGAUGGAAGCUCAGUGACCAGAGAGGCCUCCAACAUGAACCGACCUCCUCUCUGUCGACUGAAGCUGCACUUCCUGAUGGAAGUCCUUUCUCCAUCAUCGAGCUGUGUGGCCGGUGACGUGACGCCAGUGUUCCUGUCCAGGACGCCAUCAUAUGGAGAUGUUCUGCAGGCGAGCGUGGGUCAGACCUUCCAGCUGUUCGCUGAGGCCCAGGCUCUGAACGCUCAGAUCCAGAGCUUCCAGGUCAGUGGGCCACAAAACCUGACCCAGGAGUUCAGAACCGGGUCGAACGGGAAGGCAGAAGCCACCCUGACAUGGACCCCGAAUGAAAGCGAUGCCAACAGAUUCAUUCCAGUUUGUUUCACUGCAGAAGCUGCAACAUCCCAAUCAGAGAUGAGAUGUGUCGUUGUCAAGGUGACCCGAGCCACUCUUAACCAAGGAAGAGCCUCAGUUCAGUGUUUAUCUAACAUGAUGAUGGUGGCCGUGGAGAAAGCUUCAAUGCCUGAUGUCAGUGAAGAGUUCCUGUCUCUAAGCGACCCUUCGUGCACGCUCACCACCAACGGCACUCACAUCCUGGGAACCAUGUCCUUCAGUACCUGCGGCACACAGCUUGAGGAUAAAGGAGACUACAUCGUCUUUAAGAAUGAGAUCCGCUCUGUCGAGAGGUCCAACGAGGUCAUCAUCAGAAGGAACACGGUUAAGAUUGACUUCUACUGUGAGUUUCCCAAAACCAUCAGCGUCUCCAACUUCUACAGCCUCUACCAGGCGGAUUACAUUUUCACUGAGUCCAGCUUUGGCAGCUUCGGCUACACCUUUGAGAUAUUCACAAACGGUAACUUCACCAAGAGGGUGGAGCCUAAUGCCUACCCAGUACAGGUCAGGCUGAUGGAAAUGAUUUACAUGGGCAUCCAGGCCAUGUCAGAGCUCCCAAACGUUACAUUGUUUGUUGAGUCAUGCAAAGGGACUCCAGACAACAACCCUGACAACCCCAUGUACUAUGACUUCAUUGAGAAUGGGUGUGUGAAAGAUGAAACCCUUAAGAUCCACCCGUCCAACCAGACUUCUUACAACUUUGAGAUCCAGGCCUUCAAAUUCAAUGGAGAUUACGACCAGGUUUACAUCACCUGCUCCGUCAUCCUGUGUGAGCCUGGGAACCCCUUCUCCAGAUGUGCGCAGGGAUGUCUGAGCGAACCAUCCCGCCGACGCAGACGAGGGCUAAGCAUGGAGACCACGGGGCACUACAUUACCCAGGGUCCUCUGCAGCUGGUUGGGUCUGCUUCUCCUAAUGCAGUGAAGGAGGAUAAGAACAUAAAAUUGGAGCCGAAAAGUGAUGCGUCUCCUGAAGUUAAUUUUCCACCAGAAGUUCCUGAAACCAGAUCAGAUGGAGAAAGCUGGAGAUUCAGGGAGCUGUUUGCCUCCAACAUCACCACAGUGGUCUUUGCCAGUGCCUUCAUCCUGUCACUGGUUCUGAUGGUGGUGGUGGUUCGUCAUUUCCGCAGGAGGAGAAGAGCUGAGGACUGCAAUGUUCUCAUUGAAGACGAAUUUGAGAAAUAAACCAAAAUCAGCUUAGAGCAGCGAGAAAAAGUAUGAAUUAGUGGAGACAAAUCAAACCAUCAGAAUAAAACAGGAUGACAAAAUCACAACUAUAACCAGAUAAACAACCCAGAACCGGUUUGCUCCUGUUUUCUCAGCUGACAAGUUCUCACUUUUAGCCAGGCAACAAUCAUGCUUCAGAAGUCAUUAUUUAAAAUGGCAUCUCCAGCCAAUCAGCUGCAGAGAGGCUGGCAGAGUCUAAGCUUUAACUCCUAAUUUAAUCUGAUCGCUGACGGAUCUUUAAACAUUGACACAAAACAAAAAAAUAUCCUUUUU